AUGCACCUCAAAGGAAUCGAGUUAACGGCGGCAGCACGAGGGUUGUUUGUGACGAAAGUUUCGGCGAUAGUCAAACAGGAGACAGACUCGAUUCCGUUGAAGAACCUGCUCUCAAACUUGCCUCAGACACCUUCCAGUAGGGAGCGUCGGUCAUCGUACCAGAUGCUCGAAGGAUUUGUGGCCGAAGUGGACAGAGUCUACGAACAAGAAGUGGAAGAGCGACUCGCAUGGGAGCUGAGGAUAUGGCGUCACCUUCCGUCUUGGCGCGCAGAACAGUUGGCCACAGAGGAACACAUCCUUAUUCCGGGAGCACUCCUGCGGCACAGCGGGGUCCGGGAGAGCACCCCGCCUCCCGGACGUCGGCGAGGGGCAUCGCGAACAUCCGAAGGAAGGAAGGAAGCUGCUUUUUCUUCGGGGGAAUCGGAAGAGAAAUGGAACGACCUUUUGUCAGAAAAAGUUUUCAACGUCUUCCUAUGGUACCCGGCAGGGUUCCGCGACACGCUGGAGUCUUCCAUGAUGCACUCGGACCAAGUUACGGAGCCGUGGUUCAGUUCUACGCCACUCGAUGUUCUCGAGUCCAUAACUAGCCAGAUGAUUCUCGCUGUUGCGAACCUCAAUAGUUACGGCCUCGUGCACACGCAUUUACGGUCGACGAGUUUCGUCUUUACACCUGACGGGACGGUUCUUCUGUCAGAUCUCAACCGUGUUGUGAGGCAAGGAGAGUUCAUGGACUGUGCCGCCGAUCGAGAAUUCGCGUUGAAUGACUUGACAGCUUCUCCAGAGGAGCGCGUAUGCGUUCACGAGCAUGGCUAUAAAGGGAGAGACGCGAAGAAGAAAGAAGACCUGGUCGGGCCUCUAGAAGCUCACCCAACUGUCGAUGCGUGGAGACUGGCGGUGAUCCUCUACAAGCUUUGGUGCAUGGAAGGCAUGUACGACCGUUCGUCGUACCACCAGUUCGUUGCUCGCCAAGACCUCCAACGCAUUCCAGACUCUGAAUCGAAUAUUGCCUACAUCAGACAAAACCCGUUCCCCAUGAACGCCUGUCGGAAAGAUAUGCCAUCUUCUCUCCAACGUCUUCUCCGGCAGAUGUUCGAGUCGGAUCCUUCGAACCGCAUCACUUCAGCCGAAGCUGUGAACAGAAGUUCUUUCUUCCAUGAGAAAAAGAGAGCAACGCAGCUCAAGAGACAGCAGCGGCUCUCGCACGACGUCCGCCAGGCAAAUGGCCAGUGA